AUGGCCGAGUGGUUUCAACCUGGUCAACAAGACGGCAUUUUCCACCAUAACAACACCGAACCGCCCGCCCAGGAUAGAGGUCUGUUUUCGCUAUUAUCACUAAAGGGCCGCACUGCGGUUGUUACAGGGGCAGCGAAAGGAAUUGGGUAUGCCGUCGUAGAGGCAUUCGCAGAGGCCGGUGCUAAUGUAGCAUUAUGGUAUAACUCAAACGAAGAGGCUGUAGAUAAAGCAGCAAAGGUCUCAGAGGCCUAUGGUGUCAUAUGCAAGGCAUAUAAAGUAGAUGUUACAGACGAAACUGCCCUCAAGGCUACGCUAGACCUAAGUGUCAAGGAUCUCAAUGGCCGACUUGAUAUAUUUGUUGCCAAUGUGGGAGUUCCAUGGCUUCACGGACGAACCAUCGACAGUCCCUCGGAACAAUUUUUGAAUAUUCUGAAUGUUAACUUUGUCAGCGCAUAUUACUCGGCUAAGGCCGCAGGAAAAUACUUUGAACGUCAAAAGAAUGAGGGCACUGAUCUAAAUGGUGCAAAGCUGGAAAACUAUAUUACAGGGUCAUUUAUUGUGACAUCAAGCACUGCAGGAAAACGGCAGCUUGUUCCACAGGCUUAUGCGCCAUACAAUGCUACUAAAGCAGCCUUAACUCAUUUCGCCAAAGGACUGGCUAUUGAGUACAUUCAAUUUGCGCGCGUUAAUAUCGUCAGCCCAGGGUACAUUGCCACAGAAGCACUAGGAGCUGCACCGGACCCUAUGAGGGCAGCCUGGAAGGGACGAACGCCGAUGGGACGAGAGGGCAGUAUGAACGAAAUAAAGGGGGCAUAUGUCUAUCUUGCCAGUGAUGCGUCGAGCUUCGCAACAGGGACUGAAGUAGUUCUAGAUGGGGGAUACACGAGUGUAUAG